AAGACUCUGGGCAUUGAGCGUCCUGGGAUCUAGGGACCUGGCUGGGGAUGGGGAGGAUGGGAGGAAGGCAGGAAUGGAAAGGGCUCCACAGUGGUAGGCACCUGUCCACAGUGCUCUUAGGAUGGUGAGGGUGUGGUUUAGCUGGACUGGCUGCCCCAGAGGUGUGGGGACCCCAGCCUAAGGCAGGGUGCCUGACCUGUGCUUGUGUGGCAGCUCUCCCUCUCCUGCCAAGUCCCACCUCCUACUCCAGGAAGCCUUUCCUGAUGACCCGGGACCCAUCGUGAAUGUGGCAUGUGUCAUCCUAUGGUGUCUUUUUCCCCUUUUUUUUAAAAGUCCUGUCUGUUCAGAUAGAUUUUAAGUCCCUGGAGUACAGACACUGUCUUGUAUUUUUGGUACCUCAACAGCUGGUACAUGACGCUAAAAAGAUUUGUCAGGUAAAUCCUCCUAAGUGCGCCCAAGGGGUCCAUGGUGGCCUCAAAGUGUUUCAUUAAACCUCAGACAGUUAAAGGUGAGGCAGGACUAAGGACGCGGCAGAUGGAGGGGGUCUGGGAUGGAGACCCCUCCCUCUGCAGCCAGGCCCCUCGUGGGGAAUCUCCGGGGACACACCUGUGUUUUUCUCUCAUGGAUGCUUACUCUCUCUGCCUCGACCUCACUGUCAGAGCUCAGUCCAGACCUGGACAGCCCUGGUGUGAAGUCCAGGGCUCAGUGGACACAAAGCCUUUCCUCCAGUAUGACAGUGACAGAAACAAGGUCAAACCUUUGGGUCUCCUGGCGGGGGAGGUAAAUGCCACCAAAGCAUAGACAGAAUUGAGCCAAAUGCUGGGAGAAGUGGGGCGAGAGCUCAGGAUGGUCCUGCCUGAUGCUUCUUUGUGUAGGGGCACAGAUCCGCCCACGCUGCAGGUCAAGCUGUGUUGUCAGCACGAAGCAGAGCGAUGCACUGGUGCAUCCUUGCGCUUCAGUAUCAACAGACACACAGCCCUCCUUGACGCGAUGAACGUGAACCGGACAGUCAUCACUCCUGGAGCCACAGGGGUCAAAGAGGAGUGGGAGAACAGCCAGGAGCUGGCAGAGUGUUUUAGGAAGAUCUCAGCGGGAGACUGCAGUCACUGGUUUAGAGAAUUCCUAGAACACUGGGAGAACAUGCUGGAACCAGAGCCCACGGGUAACUGAGCAGGGUGUGGAGGAGAUGGUAGCUCUCUUCAAAGGUCUAGUGCCUUCCCUGUGUGGAUGUGAGCACAUAUGUGUGUGCGAUUGAAAAUAUGGUGGAUGGAUGGAGUGAUUGAUCUCUUGGUGGACUUCCUGUCUGGAGAAUCAGUGACGGGCAUAGCAUAGGAUUUCCCAGCAUCCUCCUUUCCUAGCCCACCUCCCUCAGCAGAGGAAGGAGCCCCCUUCCCCAUUAACCAAUGACCCAGUCCCCCGACACUGCUAGGUGGUCCCCAGAUCUAUAUACGUAUUGUGCUUCCAGGCCUUCUCUCCUUCCUGUUGUAGUGAUCCUUUAACCAGCUCAGAUGUCACUUAAUGAAGCCCUCACCCCUCCCCAGACAGAAUUCAGCACCCCCAGAUGUGUCCUCCUCAAAAGGACUCCCCACAGUAAACAGGGCCACCUGCAUGAUAAUCACAUGGACACUGACUGUCUCCCUCAGCAGUAAUAUGAGCUCCAUGAGGACAGGGCACAACCCCUGUUCAUCUUUCUACCCCAGUGGUUUCACGUAAUGGGUCAGUAGCUUUGUGCGGGGGGACAUGUGCUGUCUGGGGACACUAGCUGCUGAGGAAGGUGUAUUCUUAGG